UUGGAAAGGGGACGUUUCUAGAUAAAUCGUUGACUUGGCGCGUUUGUGGACUGCGGAGCUGUAAUUUAAUGCUUUAGUUAUCGUUUCUGGUUUGUUUAUAACAGUGUAACUGAUAGAACACAGUAGAAAGAUUGUCUGCUCGAUCGCUUUUAUGUUCAGGUGGAUCUCACAUGGGGACGCGUUGAUGGGAGUUUUAUUUCAUGUGCGUUUGUUUUUCUGACCAAAAAAAGUAAUUCGGCGUAUCAGUAGGCAUUUUGGUCUCCAUCCUCUGUGCCAGGCUCUGCUUGUGUAUCAGCAUGUUCAGUCCGCUCAGGCUGGCCGGCUCGGUGGCGGUGAAGCUGGCUUCCUUUCCUCUAUCAGCUUGUCGCCAUGCCAGUCGCAGUGCCAGUCUUAGUGCCAGGAGCUGGAUGGGAUCUGCUCCUCACAGUCAUUCCCUCCCAGGAAACAGGAGGACAGAGCAGCAUGAUAUUUCAGAGGACGACCUUGACAGGGAUGAAGUGGAAUCCAAACUGGAGGCUCUUGUGAAGAAGGAGAGGAAAAAGGAGAAAUCUGCCAAAUUUCACAAGAUCAGGCGGAAGUUGAGCAGCCCCGGAGCCCCGGAACGAAGAUUAAGUUGGGAUGCCAUUCAGCAAAUCAGGUACCUAAAGCAGGAGUCACCACAUGAAUGGACUGUGCAGAGAUUAGCGGAGGGCUUUUCUGUUAGCACUGAUGUCAUUUACAGGAUCCUGCGCAGCAAGUUCGUCCCCCCUCCAGAGAGGAGGCUUAAACAGGACAAUAACGUGUUAACCACAAUUACACAGCUUUCUCUUGAAGACGGUAAAACGAAGCAGUCACCAAAGGGCCAACUUCCUUUACCCAUCAGCACUGUUCCGGCCUUGAUUUCCUCCGAGACAACGAGCACAGUCAUUGCCCUGACAAGUGGAGCUCUGACACCUGUAACAGGACUGGGUCCAACUGCUGCUAACCUUCCAUCAGCUUCAAUAAGGACAGCUUCGAUAUCAACAGUGGUUCAGGAGGCAUUACAGGAACAGCCUGCUGUAAACCAAGAGCCUACAGCUAUUAAAGAGAGAGAUGUAGAAACGGAAGAGGAAUGGGAUGGAGAGGUUUUCACAGAGGAAGAACUGGAAGAACUUAUCCAUACUCUACAGGAAAAUCCCAGCGCAGUAGAACGGAAAGGCCGGGAGUUUUAUGACAGCGAUGGCAACUUCUUGUACAGGAUUUAAAUCAAUUGUUGAUCGUUUGUAUAUUAAAUGUCGUGUUUGGGCUUGUUCAUGUUUGUAACAAUUAAAUAUUGGUCACAGGUGCAUUUAAAAUGCAAAUUCUAUAUUAAAGCAAACUUAAUUCUGGUAUCUGAGGAAUGUUUGAAGACA